CUCUCCCGCUCGCCUCCCAGCGUGUUCUGCACAGUCGUCGAAGGUGCCAAGAGGGCAAGUGACUGGUCCAGAGUCACAAGAGAAUACUGCCCUUGGCACAAGCACUUUCACCAAGUAGAUUGUGGGGAAGAGGAGGACGCGCCUUCCAACAAAAAGAGAGAUUCCACGGGAAAAGACCGUGAGGAGUUCUGGAAAGGAGAGGAUGAGGAAGGAGCUGCAGAAACUUCGUCUAGCGUACACACGCACACAGAGGGAGGUUGCUCUCCAUCACCCACUGUCCCGCCUCCCUGCUUCAGAAUCUGGCUGGAGCCCUCCCGUCCUGUCUCUGUCCCUGUUCUCCCUCUCAGAGCCCAACUGCUGUCACUCCGCGCUCUGCCAAGGAGGAGGGAACCGCAGUGAUAGCGGGAGUGAGGAGAGGCCAGGCAGAGCUGUGGGACACAAACAGAGGGAAGGAGGUGCCCACACUAGGUGACAGACCCAUAGAGAGGACAGAGGAGCAGGGCAGGAGGAACUGGAAGCCUGAAGCAGAGGAGGGAGAGCAGAAGACAGGGAAAGCUGAGAGGUACAGAGGUACCGAGCCGGGAUGGCCACCAACCGGCCCAACCCCAAGCUGCCCUUGGCCCUGGUGCUUCUGACCCUAGGGGCUGGGUGGGCUCAAGAAGGGUCGGAGCCUGUCCUGCUGGAGGGGGAGUGCCUGGUGGUCUGUGAGCCGGGCCGACCUGCUGCGGGGGGGCCUGGAGGAGCAGCCCUGGGAGAGGCACCCCCAGGACGAGUGGCGUUUGCUGCAGUCCGAAGCCAUCACCAUGAACCAGCAGGGGAAACCGGCAAUGGCACCGUCGGCGCCAUCUACUUCGACCAGGUGCUGGUGAAUGAGGGUGGUGGCUUUGAUCGGACCUCGGGAUGCUUCGUGGCCCCUGUCCGUGGAGUCUACAGCUUCCGAUUCCAUGUGGUAAAGGUGUACAACCGACAGACUGUCCAGGUGAGCCUGAUGCUGAAUACAUGGCCAGUCGUCUCAGCCUUUGCCAAUGACCCUGAUGUGACCCGAGAGGCAGCCACAAGCUCUGUGCUGCUUCCCCUGGACCCUGGGGACCGUGUGUCCCUGCGCCUCCGUCGGGGGAAUCUCCUGGGUGGCUGGAAGUAUUCAAGCUUCUCUGGCUUCCUCAUCUUCCCACUCUGAGAACUCAAGCCUUUGAAAGACAGAUAUCUAGCAUCUGGCCACCCUGCCCUGCCCUGCCCCGCCCCAGAAACAAGCGUCUUUGGAGCGAGAGAAAGGCCCCCUCAGGCUGCCUAUAGCCCACCUCCUUGCAUGAGAUCCUGUUCCAUACACCCGAGGCUAAGAGUAGACAAGAGCUGAGCUAUGGACUCUCUAGAUGGAACACUCCUCACCACUACCACUCCGGUUGCCCUCCCAGCCUCCUGCUGCCCCUCUCCUGCCUCAGUUCUGGCUUUGGCAGAGCAGGAUUUGGCAGGAGAGAAGCUGACACUACUCCCCAGGCUCCACUCCUCCUGUUCUCCACCCCGCGCAGUGCUAUUUGGUGACAGGUGGCACAGGUAAACCUGACAGGCUCCCCACAGGGGCCCAGAUGGACCAGCCACAUCAUACCUGCAGACUCCAUCCUGUCAGGAGUCAGCCUGAGAGAGCUCAGCCAGCACCCUGUGAACAGGAGCUGACAGCCCAGCCAUAAAAAGAAGUGCGGGGAGGGCCACAGAGCAUCCAUAGCUGGAGAGAUGGGAUGGGGACAUGUGCCUACCCUGAACAUGAUCAACAUGCUGCAGAUAAACUGGGACAGUCAGCAGGCAGGAAUCCUGCCAUCCAUCUGGGCCAGGUCCCAAUGGACUCUGGCCCUCAUCUGACACGAGGCAUGUGUGGGUGUGGGGGGGAGUGUAUGUGGGUGUGUGGGUGUGUGUUUGCUCUGACCAACAGGUGAAACCAGAGCAGGUAUACAGAGCCGGAGGCACGGUCAAAGGUCACAUAUGAGCCACAGAACAACACAUCAGUGACCGUGUGUCCGCUCGGCCACCUCCUAGAACUGCCCCACCUUUGGAAUCUGAGUUUCAGUCACUCCCCACUCUUGUUAGCACCUCUCUUCCUCCAGCUACGUCUCAGCUAACUUCCCUGUACCUGCAGCCUGUUCAUAGCACCACUCUCCCUCGAUCCAUACUGUCUAAUUCUUUUUAAGUUUCCUGGUACCCAGGAGUCCGUGGUUCAUCCCUCUUCCUCCAGCAUCAGGAACUCUCUUUCAUCCCAUGGUCCAGCAUGAAUGGGUCUAUCUGGAGAACUGUGGUCGGUGAGACGCUAUUCUUCUCACUUUGGUUUGGAGCAGGAUUGGAGCACAUAUGGCAUGAUGAAGAGAAAAUAAAUUCAAACUGAGCAUAACAGCCAAAUUUUUAAAAGGCUAUAAUAGUACUCAAGUUAAACAAAUACCAGGAAUGAGAGAGGAGAGAGAGAGAGAGAGAGAGAGAGAGAGAGAGAGAGAGAGAGAGAGAGAGAGAGAGCUCAGAGGCAGAGCUAAUGUGCAUGAAGCACCAGGACUGAACUCCAGCACUGGGGUACGGGGUGGGGAGUGGGUGAGAAAGAGGUGGGGGAGCAUUUUCUUUCAGCAUUUGCCCAUACUUUGUGAGCAGGAAGAAUAAUUUAAACAAGAUAAGAGAUCGUUCUGUCUCACAUGGACGAGUCUGCCCCUGGGAGUCCAGGAUGAACAGCCAGCCGCUCAUGAUCGCAAAAGCCCAGGCUCCCCUUCUGCAGUGGUCCUUGGCCUGACACCUUGUGGCCCAAGAGGGCUUCUUGAGCUUCAGCAAUUACAUCGGCCCAGCAGGAGAGAAGAAAGGGCAGGACUCCUUCCUUGAAAGGUUUCCUGACAGCUGCAUAUACCGUUCCUGGUUACAUCUCUUUGCUAGAAUGUAGUCACACUAGGCCACACCAAGCCAGGACAGACUAGGAAACAAACUUACCUUUUUGUAGUAUUUUCUGUGUGUGAGUGUGUGUGUGUGUGUGUGUGUGUGUGUGUGUGUGAGAGAGAGAGAGAGAGAGAGAGAGAGAGAGAGAGAGAGAGAGAGAGAGAGAGUCAGAGGACAGCCUUGGAUGUUGGUCCUCACCUCCCACCAUGUCUGAGACAGUGAUUCUAAUGUAUCACUGUGUACAUCAGGCUAGUUCGUCUAGAAGCUUCUGGAAUUCUAUCUUCCCCUAGGAGACAAGGAUUACAGAUGCAUGGGUUAUGGCCAGCUUGUAUGUGGAUUCUAAGGAUGUAAACUCAACUUAUCAGGCUCACACAGCAAGUGUUCUAACCACAGGGCCAUCUCCAUAGCCUCCAUAGUCUGUACUUUAUUCUAGGCAACUGUCUCCAGCUAAAAGUCAGGAGUCUUACAGUAA